AUGGCAGAGAGCAGCGGCAACCUCUCAAAUCUGAGAUGGUCCCUCAGGGGAACCACUGCCCUCGUCGCCGGCGACACUCGUGGAAUUGGGUACGCAGCAGUGGAGGAGCUAGCUGCGCUUGGUGUGUUUGUGUUUGCCUGUUCUUGGAACUCGGCAGAACUUGCAGAAAGGUGUCUUAAGGAAUGGUCGGCUAAGGAGUUCUGUGUCACUGGGGUGAACAAUGUUGGGACAAACAUAAGGAAGCCAACUACUGGGUACACUUCUGAAGAGUAUUCAAAACUAAUGGCUACUAAUUUGGAAUCUGCUACAUCUUUAGUAUGA